GGUAAAUUAAUUCCCCCUCUUAUUUCCUCCUGUGCACGUUGGCGGCUGGUCGUACCAAAAGCAGUUGUUGACUGUGACAGUGACAUUUUGGUGCAGAAGGCAAAUUCGUUCAUCCCAUCACCAUGACUAAGGAAGGAGAAACAGGCUCAGCUGAAGAACAGGCUCAGUCUAAGAAGGCUCUCAAAAAACAGCAGAAGGAAGCUGAGAAAGCUGCGAAGAAAGCGGAGAAGCAAGCCAAGCUGGCAUCGGAACAAGUAGUUGACGAAGAGGACUUUGCAAAAGACCGAUAUGGAGUGUCCUCUAUGAUCCAGUCACAAGAAAGACCUGAACGAGCUUUAGUGCGAGUGAAAGACCUGACUGCACAAAAAUCUGAUGAAGUUGUCUGGAUCCGUGCUAGAGUUCAUACCAGCAGAGCAAAGGGAAAGCAGUGCUUUUUAGUCCUGCGUCAGCAGCAGUUUAAUGUGCAGGCUCUGGUGGCGGUGGGAGACCGUGCAAGUAAGCAGAUGGUAAAGUUUGCUGCCAACAUCACCAAAGAAAGUAUUGUUGAUGUUGAAGGUAUUGUAAGGAAAGUCGAUCAGAAGAUUGAAAGCUGUACUCAGCAAGAUGUUGAGCUGCACAUUGAAAGGCUGUAUGUGAUCAGUGUGGCUGAGCCUCGCUUGCCCCUGCAGCUGGAGGAUGCUGUGCGGCCUGAGACAGACGGAGAAGAGGAAGGAAGAGCUACUGUAAACCAGGAUACAAGACUGGACAAUAGAGUCAUUGAUUUAAGGACAUCCACCAGUCAAGCUGUGUUUGGGCUCCAGUCUGGUAUCUGUCAGCUCUUCAGAGAUACCCUUACUAAAAAGGGGUUUGUUGAAAUCCAGACACCCAAAAUUAUAUCUGCCGCCAGUGAGGGAGGAGCCAAUGUAUUCACAGUAUCCUAUUUUAAGACAAGUGCCUAUUUGGCUCAGUCCCCACAGCUCUACAAGCAGAUGUGUAUAUGUGCUGAUUUUGAAAAAGUGUUCUGCAUCGGGCCAGUGUUCCGUGCAGAAGAUUCCAACACCCAUCGGCACCUGACAGAGUUUGUUGGUCUGGAUAUUGAAAUGGCUUUUAAUUACCAUUAUCACGAGGUGGUUGAUGAGAUUGCAGAUACCAUGGUCCAAAUAUUUAAAGGGCUGCAAGAAAGGUUUCAAACGGAAAUCCAAACGGUAUGCAAGCAAUUUCCUUGUGAGCCUUUCAAGUUUCUAGAGCCCACACUGCGCCUGGAGUAUCUAGAGGGAGUGGCAAUGCUGCGUGAGGCUGGUGUGGAGAUGGGCGAUGAGGAAGACCUCAGUACUCCUAAUGAGAAACUUCUUGGGCGCCUAGUAAAAGAAAAGUAUGAUACAGAUUUCUACAUCCUUGAUAAGUAUCCCCUGGCAGUGAGGCCUUUCUACACAAUGCCUGAUCCUCACAACCCUAAAUACUCAAACUCCUAUGAUAUGUUUAUGAGGGGAGAAGAGAUCUUAUCUGGAGCCCAGAGAGUUCACGACGCUCAGCUGUUAACUGAAAGAGCACAACAUCAUGGGAUUGAUCUGGAAAAAAUCAAGGCGUAUAUAGACUCUUUCCGUUUUGGCGCACCUCCACAUGCUGGUGGUGGGAUAGGUUUAGAGCGUGUGACCAUGCUGUACUUAGGGUUGCACAAUGUACGUCAAACCUCUAUGUUUCCACGUGACCCCAAGAGGCUAACACCAUGAAACCAUUACAAGCCAAGUCUCCUGCUACCGACCAGCACUCGAGGCACCUAACUGUAAUAUGCACCUGUGAUGUACUACUAACCAUAGACUUUCAAAAAAUACUGAUACAUUUUGUAUGAAAAUAAAGCAAGAAUAAACUUAGUAAAACACAUUUUAACAACUUUUCAAAGUUUAAGAAGAUUUUAAUGUUUUGUAAAGUAGAAAGAGAAGGACAAAUCUAAUCAUUGUUCUACAGUUACACUGUGAUAUUACAAUAGUGCAAUAAUAACAAGGAGAGAAAAAAUGAAUACUGAUGAUAGAAGACUGGGCUAAAAUAAAGCACUUGAUAAAACAGUAA